GCCCUCCGACGGCACGCCGACGCGCGUUACCUCGAUCCGGGCGAAUGUACGCGGAGAGUCGGCGCGGUUUGCAUUGAUAGUUAUUAGAAAUUGAUCCCUGUUCUGCCUUUGUUCAGUUCAAUCAUUGAUCAGCGGUGGAGCGACCGGCGGAGCAGCGCAGGCUCAGUGUUAGCCGCACCGAUCUGGGAUCAGCACCGCGGACAGCACUGCCGUUUUAACGCCGUUCUCCGCUGCUUCGGGCUUUUUUCUCCUCCCUUUCCUCCGGCUCUCUGUCAUCCCCGACCAGCUCGGCCACGUUUAGGCGUAGGGAAACUUUUAAUGCGCCUCCGAACCGCUGCUCCCGGAACGUAGCCGCAACUUUUCUCGGGCAGCUCCGUGUUUUCGGCGGCUGGUGGCCGGAUGCUCGCUUCUCCCCGGCGAGCAAGCCACGGGGGGUGGAGGAAGUUUGAAUGGUUAACCUGUUUUUAUUUUAUUUUUGUUUUUGUUUUGUUUUUUUGUGAUCGCGGAGAAAGUUGAAUUUGUGAUCGGGAAAGUUAAAUUUCUCUGUUAAUCGUCAGGGUGGGCUCGGACAUUUUAUGGGGUUAUGCAAACAGAGCGAUCGAGUUGAGGCGGCGUUAUAGCGGCUGGUGGUGGUGGUGUUGGGUCGAGCCGUGUGAGCGCGUAAAGGCAGGAGCCCCGGACUGCGCUGUAGCUGGCAGCAGCAUGCCCCUGAAUAAUGGCGUGGAGACGGUGGCAGAGGGAGCUGAACUCUGUCGCGUCUGAGCUGGCCGGUCGGCAGGAGGAGAGCGAACAUUCCCACAAGCACCUGGUGGAGCUGAGCAGGGAGUUCAAGAGAAAUGUCCCUGAGGAGGUCCGGGAGAUGGUGGCACCUGUUCUCAAGAGUUUCCAGGCGCAGGUGGUAGCUCUGAACAAGCGCAGUAAGGAGGCCGAGUCUGCGUUCCUGGGAAUCUACAAACAGCUUAUUGAGGCCCCAGAUCCAGCUCCUGUGCUGGAGGCCUCCCACUCCCUAGAGGAAAGGCUGCAGCAGCUUCAGAGUUCGGCCCCAGACAGCGAGGCCCUCGUGCGAGAGAUCAGCGGGCACUGGAAGAAACACCUGGAGUGCCUUGAAAAGACAGAGCCCACGGAGGACGGUUCAGCCACUGCAGCUGCAUCAGAGGAGGCCUCAGAAUCCGCCUCCCCAGCUUCACUGAUGACCCCCAACAGCACACCGGCCCCGGAGGCCCCAGCAUCUCCGCAGCAGAACCACCAGGACCACGCUGAGGGCCAACGGGAGGAGGAGGAGGAGGAGGAGGGCGCUGAUGUUAGUUUGGCUGACAGACUAUCAGAGGCCGAGGAGAAGAUCAAAGUUCUGCACUCAUCUUUGAACACUGCACAGAUAGAGCUACUGGAGCUACGGUGUAAAUACAACCAGGAGAUGGCAAACAAGAAAGCUGAAGUCGACGCCAUCGUGGCGAACCUAGAGAAAGCAAACCAGAGAGCAGAAAUGGCUCAGAGGGAAGUGGAGCGGCUAAAGGAGCAGCUAGCCAGUGGGCCGACCCCGACGACAGGCAGCUGCCAUCCAGCAGAGGGCGCCACCUGGGAAAAGAACGAGAAGAGCGACUUGUUAUCGGCCCAGGUGGAGGCGGCCCUGCUGGCUAAAGACCGGGAAAUCCUUCGCCUUCUUGAAAACGUUCAGCGGCUGCAGUUCACACUGCAGGAAGUUCAAGAGACUUCAUCCAAUCAGAUGCUGGAGCUGGAGCGCCAGCUGGCAUAUAAGACGGAGGCUGUCGAGAGAUUAGAGGCUAAACUGCAGUCCCAGAUGGACUAUGAGGAGAUUAAAACUGAGCUCAGCAUCCUGAAGGUUAUGAAGCUGGCUUCAACAAACGGGAACUCAUCCCAGGAUUCUGCCAAGACUGCAGAGACUCUUUUGUUAGAUAAAGAGGUCUUUCUUCCGUCUCAGAAGUACAUGGGAGAUAAAACCCGAAUAUUGCACAGUAAUGAUAAUGACCACUCUGAGGACGCGGGCAGAGAGACGAGCAGGCCGCCCGGCUCCCAUUCUUCUUCCUCUCAGGCAGAGAGCCGUGCCUCCCCUAGCCCAGGUCCCCCCACCUUGGACGGGUCCUCCUCCGGCCACGAUCUCCCCCGUCCUUUCUCUGUGUCGCCGUGCUCUGGAGACAGAAUGUCGGGAGACCACAUCCUUCACAAGCAGCUCCUCUCGCCACACUUUAAAAAGGAAGGCCUCAUGGCUUUCCCCACCGCCCUCUAUGCAGCAAAGGUUGCCCUCAUGUCGGCCUCUCAAGGGUCUGCGGGGGCUGGCAGCAUUGACGCCGGCCUGCCCAGCGACCAGUCGGAAAGCGGCAGCUCCACGGCGGGAGACGAGGACCAGCUGGACACAGCGGAGAUCGCCUUUCAGGUUAAAGAGCAGCUGCUGAAGCACAACAUUGGCCAGCGGGUGUUUGGCCACUACGUGCUGGGCCUCUCCCAGGGCUCAGUCAGCGAAAUCCUGGCAAGGCCCAAACCCUGGAGGAAGCUGACCGUGAAAGGCAAAGAGCCUUUCAUAAAAAUGAAACAGUUCCUCUCUGAUGAACAGAACAUCCUGGCUCUCAGGACCAUCCAGGUCCGGCAGAGAGGGAGCAUCACUCCGCGCAUCCGAACUCCUGAAACUGGGUCAGACGACGCCAUUAGGAAUAUCUUGGAGCAGGCCAAGAAGGAGAUCCAGUCACAGAGGGGUGGUGAUGGCAAGUCAUCUCUGAACAGCUCAUCUGGCAGAAUCAGUAAUGGAGCAGGCAGCAGCUCUGAUGAAACUAUAAAGAACAUCCUGGAGCAGGCCAGGAGGGAGAUGGAGGCUCAGCAGCAGGCCCUGAUGGAGAUGGAGGCGUGCGGAAGGUCCUCCACUGCCAGUUCGGGGGUUCAGGUGGAACGCCUGGGGCCCCCUGAGCGCUCCAGGGUCCUCCCUUUGCCCAUCUCCAUCAAACAGGAAGAAGGGGGAUGUGUCGCGGUGUGCAUGGCCAGCUCCAUCAGCAGCCCCCAGACGCCGCUCAGUGUUCUCUCCCCAGCUGCUUUCGUUCAGAACAUCAUCCGCAAAGUCAAGUCAGAGAUCGGCGAAGCAGGCACCUACUUUGAUCAGCACUGGUCCCAGGAGCGGGGAGCUAUGAUACUUGGUGGCGGGGGCGGCUCCAGGCCCUUCAGUUCGGUCUCGCCGUCCUUGUCUUCCUCCUCCUCCGGGCCCCCUACCCUGCCCCGCCCCUGGCCCCGCCUGGAGAACGGCGACGGCCUGGCUAAUAGCGAGGAGGUGUCAAACGCCGACGACGAGCUGGGCCUGGGCCGGCCUGUGGAGGUGAAGGUGGAGUCUGACACCUCGGUGAGCGGCGAGUCACCGGGACCAGGUCCAGGGCGCCUUUCCUACUACCCAGCGUACAUUCCACGCGCCCUGAAGCCCACCGUGCCCCCCCUGACGCCAGAGCAGUAUGAGAUGUACAUGUAUCGAGAAGUGGACACCAUCGAGCUGACCAGGCAGGUGAAGGAGAAGCUGGCAAAGAACGGCAUCUGUCAGAGGAUCUUUGGAGAAAAGGUGCUGGGCCUUUCUCAAGGCAGCGUCAGUGACAUGCUGUCACGUCCCAAACCCUGGAGCAAGCUGACCCAGAAAGGCAGGGAACCCUUUAUCCGCAUGCAGCUCUGGUUACUGGAUCAGCUCGGCCAAAGCCUCAACCAACCAUCGAACCAGGGCCAUACUCAGGAUAAAAGUCCGGUAACAGCCCAGUCCUCUCCCUCGCCGCCUCCUAGUCCAGCAGAGAGCCACCCGAGUCCACUGGUCGAGUCCGUCAGUCUCUCGCUAGAGAGCAGCAAAGAGAACCAGCAGCCCGAAAGCCUUGGAUUGGGGUUGCCCGGCCACCCAGAAGGUGGGAAAUCCACCUCCAGUCUCAUGGGCCUGCAUCAGCCUACAACCCCGUUAGGAAUCCAGGAGCUGGUGGCCAUGUCCCCAGAGCUCGACACAUACGCCAUCACCAAGAAGGUCAAGGAGGUGCUAACAGACAACAACCUUGGCCAGCGUCUUUUUGGGGAAACCAUCCUGGGUCUGACUCAAGGAUCGGUGUCCGACCUGCUCUCCAGGCCCAAGCCGUGGCACAAGCUCAGCCUUAAAGGCCGGGAGCCUUUUGUCCGCAUGCAGCUCUGGCUCAAUGAUCCCCACAACGUGGAUAAGCUGAGAGUCAUGAAGAAGAUGGAGAAAAAAGCUUAUCUGAAGAGGCGGUACGGGCUGCUGAGCACCGGCUCCGACAGUGACUCGCCCAGCACUCGCUCCGAGUGCGUGAGCCCCGCCCUGGCCUCGCUGGACCUGUGUCCCUUCAGCCAGGCGAAGAAGCCUCGGGUGGUGCUGGGAGCCGAGGAGAAGGAAGCCCUGAGGAAGGCCUACCUGCAGGAGCCCUACCCCUCCCAGAACACCAUCGAGAUGCUGGCAUCGCAGCUCCGCCUCAAAACCAACACGGUCAUCAACUGGUUCCACAACUACAGGUCCAGGAUGAGGCGUGAGGUGCUGAUGGGGGGUCUAGCAGAUAACGACACAGACGCCGACCCCAACAGCUACUCCCCCUCGGCAACACGGAGCCCCAACUCUGACGGCGAGGACAGGAGGCUGCUGCCGCCCUCAGGACCAAUCCAUUCCAGCCUUCCUCUCAGCACUAACGCUGCACUGCCUCGUGUUAAACAGGAGGCCACGUACAGGGAAGAGGAUGGCGUGGAGCGCAGCGAAAGCUCCCAGAAAGCAGCGCAAUGUUUUCCCACAGCUGGACCGUUGUCCCCUUUGAAAAGCGAGCAUGAAGACUCCGUCUCUGGCUGCCGGGAGCCCCACCCGGCCGGCCAGAGCCUGACGCAGGAGGAGGGCGCCAGCAACCAGAUUCAGGGACUCCACCCGGGCACGGCCUCCGCGGACGGGCCUCAGCUAGCCAACAAGUCCAGGUAUGAGGGAGAGGAACCCGGGAAGUCCCCCGUCGACCCAGUCAGCUUCAAGGCUUCGUCGGAGCCCUGCCGCAGCAGCCUGGAGGUCUCUCUGAACUCCCCGUCUGCCGCGUCGUCGCCGGGCCUCAUGAUGUCAGUCUCUCCCGUUCCCUCCUCCUCGGCGCCCAUAUCGCCCUCGCUGCCCAAUCAGGCGACGAGCACCAACCACAGCAUGGAUGCCAACCCGCCGCCCCCGUUCCAAAGCCCCAAACUCAACAGAAGCUCUCAGAGACGCAAUGAGAAAAUGGCCAACCUCAAUAACAUCAUCCACAGGCUAGAGAGGGCGGCCAAUCGGGAAGAAACGCUGGAAUGGGAGUUUUGAGGCCUCCUUUUGCCGCGUCUCGUCCAGAGGACUGUUGCUGCACACAGGGAGGUUGGACGGAAAGCUUCCUGCAGACCUGAGCGGAGCCUGGCUCCCCGAGGCCUGUCGUCUUGGACUGGAAACGGGAACGCAGAGGGAAAAAUGAAACUACAUUUCCUACAAUAAUUUAAGAGUUAAAAAAAACUUUAUAAAAGUGUAUUUGUUUUUUUUGUUUGUUUUUUCUUUUUUUUUCUUUUGAUAAUGCAUACUACUUUCAAAUGUAUGUGACAGCGCUAGCUGUUCUUUUACCUUAUCGGACUUGACAUGAAGACUUUUUCAGCUAUGGUGUCAUUUAAUGUGCACUGAAGUUCUGAAGAUUGCCACAGGGUGAGAUUAAAAAAAAGACCUCUGUCUUAAGCCAUUAAAAGCACUAUAACUAUUUGAAAAAAAAAAAAAAAAGACACUGACCAAAUUUGCUACUUUUUGAAUAGCAGUUUUUCAAAUUUUGUCUGUCAGACUGGACAGUUUAAGUCGAGUAACAUGGGUUCCAAUUACUGACUGAGGGAUAGUCCUUUUAAGACUCUAAAUAUACAACAUCUUGUAUGUACUUAGUUUCUUGGUGAUAUGUUUUGAAAUCUUUGUAACUCACACGUAUAAAAUGUGGUUGUACAUGUUGUAGAAUUGUCUGCAAUAGCCUUCUCUAAAUCUGAUGUAGCAUGGUACUCACCUGACCCUGUUAUCCUCUGUAGUUAGUCACCUGUGAUUAUACUUGAGCUGAAACGAACAAAAAAAGAGGUUCAGCGACAAAAAGUUGCAACGCCUGCAAAAAAGGAAAAAAGUUCACGUUAAGCAAAGGAAUACUAUAAGUGUUUUCUUUUCUUUUCUUUAUUUUAAAUGAUACUUGAGGUUUACAGCUUAGGGCCCUCGUGCUUUUUUGGUAGAAAAUGGAAGCUUCAGUUCACCUGAGCCCAGUUUACACAGUUUCUUUCAGACUUACCUCUUCGACCCUCUUAGGCACUGGUUCUCAGGCUGGAUUGGGCCAAGACGCACGACACUUGGUUUACCUCACAUUAGGUUCACACACGUCAUGCUAUGAUCGUGCUUUCCAUAAACACAAACAACAAUCACGAGUGGAGUCAGCAGAGGAGGAGUGCUCUGGGUCGGCUCUGAGUCGGUUCGCCCCGCCACUCAUUUGUCCGUGCAGCUAGCAGGUAGGGGCUGCUUGCUGGGUGUCAAUAUAUGCCAGAGUUUUUAUAAAAGCUGUGGUUUCCCAACCAGCCUCACACCAUCCCUAUAGUUCUUUUAUUAAGAUGGCAGAAAGAGUGUCAGAGUGAUAACAGUGUUCCUCCGGCUCAACGCAGCAGGACUGCCUGGUCAGCUGGCUGAAACAAGGCACCUACGUUUUGCUCAUACUUAUGCAAAGAAGCAUUUCCAGUCAAAGAAAUAGAAAACACAAAGGUUCAUGGCAUGGAAACUAAUACAGCGCCACCUGUCAUUCUUAUUAAGGUAUUGCUGUUUUAAAAAUCCCCUUUUCUAAAUAAUUUGUAUAAUGUAAAACAUUUCAUUUGACAUCGGUCUAGGCCCAUGCCUAGAAGUAAAGUGUGUUCAUCAAUAACGAGCAGAGAUAUAAAAAAAAAAAAA